AGGGUUCUGCAGUGCUCCAGGCAGCGAGUUUUGAAGCAGGAUGGGAAAAAGACGCUGUGUUCCCCCACUUGAGCCCAAGCUGGCAGCUGGCUGUUGUGGGGUAAAGAAGCCCAAAUUGUCUGGGAGUGGAACGCACAGUCAUGGGAAUCAGGCCACAACUGUACCAGGCUCCAGUUCAGGUCCUCUUCAGAACCACCAGCAUACAGAUGGGAAUAAUGGAAGGGAGAACGUAUCUGACUUGACUUUGGGCCCAGGAAAUUCCCCAAUUACUCGAAUGAAUCCCACUUCAGGAGCUCUGAGCCCACUUACUCGGCCCAACGGAACUGCCAACAGCACCAAGAACCUGGUGGUGACAGCGGAGAUGUGCUGCUACUGCUUUGAUGUACUCUACUGUCAUCUCUAUGGUUUCCCUCAGCCACGACUUCCUCGAUUUACCAAUGACCCCUAUCCACUCUUUGUGACGUGGAAGACGGGGCGAGACAAGCGGCUUCGUGGCUGCAUUGGGACCUUUUCAGCCAUGAAUCUUCACUCAGGACUCAGGGAAUACACAUUAACCAGUGCACUUAAGGACAGCCGAUUUCCCCCCCUGACCCGCGAGGAGCUGCCCAAACUCUUCUGCUCUGUCUCCCUCCUCACUAACUUUGAGGAUGCCAGUGACUACCUGGACUGGGAGGUUGGGAUCCAUGGGAUCAGAAUAGAGUUCAUCAAUGAGAAAGGUGUCAAACGCACAGCCACGUAUUUACCUGAGGUUGCUAAGGAACAAGACUGGGAUCAGAUCCAGACCAUAGACUCCUUACUCAGGAAAGGUGGCUUUAAGGCUCCGAUUACCAAUGAUUUUAGGAAAACAAUUAAACUCACCAGGUACCGCAGUGAGAAGGUGACAAUCAGUUACGCGGAGUACAUGGCUUCCCGUCAGCAUUGUUUCCAGAAUGGCACUCUUCAUGCCCCUCCCCUCUACAAUCAUUACUCCUGACACACGGCUGCAUGACCAGUCCCACUCCCCAGUUGCUGCCAACGGCUACGACAUCAUUGGGGCAGAUGCCUCCUCUUCCUGGUCCAGUUACUUCUAUUACUGCACCAUUUUAUGAUGCUAGCUUCCGUUGCCAAGUCUGCCUUCCAGCUGACCUGGGGGGAGGAUGAGAGCGUGACAGAACUUCAGGGGCCCAAGCCUUAUCUCAGCCUUCCCUCUGAACGGGGGUUCAGUUGGAUUGGGGCUCCAUGCCUAUGAACUGUCCUGAGGUGCAGAAGACCUCAAGGAAUGAAAGUGCCACUUCAGACUGAUCCGUUCUUGUGUGUUACCGACACUCUGGAAACUUGAGUUGUUCGUUAUGGAAGCCCCCCAGAUCAAGUAGGAGCAUUCCCCUGGCAGCCUGGGCAACGGAGUCCAACAAAACAU